AUGAUGGGUCCUCGUUUCCAUGAACUAGUACUAGGCGUGUGCACGGGUGAUGCUUGCGCGCAGCAGCGACAGCCGAACGACCUCUUUCGAGUCCUCCUCGCUGGUCGAGCAGAUGAUCCCGCCAAAGGUUUAGAUGAUGCUGUGUACGCUGUGCGUAAUAUCGCACUCUCUGGAAACGAUAUCUCUUUGGACGUACUGGGACUCCCAGCAGAGGACGUGGAGCGCUGGAAACAGGUGGUGGACGAGAUGUCAGGCAUGCCAGCCCUUGUCAGGUUGCACCCUUUCUCCAAUGAUCCUAACGCGGUGUCGAGGUUCUACUGCAACGCGGACCUGGUGAUUAUGCCAUCAAUGCACGAGGGAUUCGGAAUGAUCUUCACCGAAGUUGCCGGGCUGGGCGUUCCCAUUCUAGUGACGCAGGAAAGUGGUGCGGGCCAGCUUGCGCUUGAUCGCAGUCGCAUUCCGUCAGAAUCUGGUCAGGCUUGUGUGUUGAUGGAUGAGAGCACAUAUGGAAUUGUGCCUUCACCGACAAGCCAGCGUGUAGCCCUUUGGGCUCAUCGGAUAGACCAGGUGAGAUGCUACCCGGAGCAAACGAGGCGGCACGCUCGCUCUCUACAACGAAUCAUGCGAGGUUAUUCGUGGAAACACGCCGCUAAGGCUCUGCUUCGCUCCGCGAUAGAGGGCAAGGGAGAUACAGUGCAGAUGGCUCAUGGCAGUGUUGCACCGGCAUAUUCAUCAUGGCCUCGUCCAUCACUUGGGAUGAGCGUGGUAUCGUCAAUGCGUCGAGCUGCACGGAUGCGAAAUCGCAGUGGAAAGCCGAACUUGAAACAGGCCGAAGAUAUCAUGCAAAAUCUUCCAGAGAUAGCUCCGACUAUUUCGGCGCUAGAAGAGCAUGUCUCUUCUGCUCAUGCCAACGAUGAAUUUGUUAACGGAGAGACAUCGUUGGCAUCCAAUGACUCAUUCAGAGGCCGUGUGGUUGCUGUAAUUAAACUGUUCGUCCACGGGUUGGACAACGGGAUCACGGAGGAAUUGUCGAGCCUUGAAUGGCUUCUCUUGCAGACCAACGGUGACAUCAAGACUGCCGCCCCGUUGGCCGUUGGGCGGAUGACGUGGGAUACUAAACCAGCUGGUGUAGUCACGUAUCAAGUUGCCCCCGGGAUAUCCCUUUACCAGCUCAUGAUGCAAAUGAGCCGCCUGCCGCCGGGACCUGCGAGACGAGAGAUGCUAUCUAGAGAGAUGCUAUCUAUUUUCACUGCAGGCGUACAAGCAAUUGCACGUACCUUAGCCAGAUUACACACUUAUAGCGUUGAAGGCCGUCCAGGUACAAAAUAUCUCGAGUGGUAUUUUACUGCGGCAACGAAACGAGUCCAGCAGGCAUUGGUGUACAAAGAUAUUAUUCGUUCCGCGGGACUCGAAGCGGACCAGCUCCCCGCUAAAAUGAAUCAACUUAUUGCCGACUGCAAGCGUGAUAUUGCCACUCGCCCGCGCACCGCUGUCGUGCACGGGGAUGCCCAUCAUCCUGGAAAUUUAUUGUAUGACCGCGCGACGGGGCAUGUCACUAUGAUCGACACGACGACGCUACACUGUUCUCUGGACGAGAAUGGUGAGCCGGUUGGGGUACCAGAGCGAGACCUAGGCCAUUUCGUACAUAUGCUGCGACGAACAGGCGAGCAAUAUGGCCUCACGAGACAGGAGAUGGAAGAAAGCACAACCGAUUUUGUGGAUGCGUAUCUUGGAAAUGCAGCGGCACCAGCCAACCUCCAAAUCAUUCGGUUCUUGAUGUCAUGUUCAGCUCUGUCAUUCUUGAACUAUGCGGCGCACUCAGAUCAGACAUAG